CUACUAGCAGCCCUCCAAUCCCAAUUCCCAAAUCCCAACACCUGCUCCACCAAAGCCCGCCACCACCUCCAAUCCCUAUUCCCUAUCCCUCCAAGCCCACCACCAGCUCCACCUCCACGGCUCCACCUCCACCUCCAAACCUUGCUCCACCAGGCAACAACUUCUCAUCAUCAAAAUAACCAAUUCUAGCAACUAGUUGUUGUAGCAAACCAAACAAGAACACCAAAAACAACCUUGUUAGGACACCAAACAAGAACCCAACGCUAAAGGCCACCGUCUCGAUCGGGCUCGCUGGACGUCUGAAUCGGAGCCCUUUCGAUCUGGUGGUUUUUCAACGUGUAUCUCUUCAUGUCUAAUUGAUGAAGUGGUCAGCUUGAUUAGCAAUGAAUCCAAUCCAUUUUCAUGCUGCACCUCCGCCUUCUUGGUUUCCAACACUACCACCCGACCCACCAACAUCAAGUUCUUAUUGGGGGUCCAAGAAUAUGCAGGAUCAGCUGACGGAAUUGCAGGAUUCUCUUAGACUGGCACAAGCAAUGCAAAAGGAGCUUGAGAUGUUGAAAAUGAUUAAAUGUGCUAAAGAGUCUGGAGUAGAUACUAAAAGUUGCAUGACUGACCCUAAGGUUGGUGGAUAUUUCAAAUAUCUUGAAGAAAGGAAAAUUAAUUUGGAGUGCCAAGAAUCACUUUCAAUGAAAGCUGCCUUCUCAAUGAUGGCAAAACUGAGGGCUGAGCUGGAGCCAUUUAAAUCUAUCUUAGAUGAGAGAAGUCCAUGGGAGGAGAAAUCCGUUGUGGCUAGAUUGGCUAAUAAAAUGCACAAGUCCAAGCGAAACAAACUUUGGAAUAAGAGAAAGAGGAAGUGCAUUGCAGAAUCCUUUGCAAAGGAGCGUGAAAAUUUUGAUGAGGCUGAUCGAAAAGCUGAUGCGUGGAGGGCUAGGGAGAUUGCCAAGGAUAUUGCCAAGAGCAAGGUGGAAAAGAUGAAGCAAAUCGGAAAGCUUAAAGCUAUGGAGGAGAGAAGAAAAUUGGAAUCUGAGCUUGAGCUGGUUUUGAUUGUUGAGAAAUUGCAAGAAUUGCAGUCCAUCAGAAUCAAUAAAUUGAAAAAACAAGGGCAUUUUCUCCCAGAGGAGGAUGAUAAGUUUCUUGAGAGAGUUCGCGCUGCAGUUGAGGAGGAGGAGGAGCAGCAAGCUACAGCUGAUACUGAAGCUGCUCAGGAGGAUGUUGCAACUGCUGAAGUUUCUGGGAAAAAUGUCGAAGAUUGUGAACCUGUGUCAAACGAUAUCAACAGUGAUAAUGAUGAUGGUGGAACUGAGGAACAUGCUGAAGAUAAUAAAAUCUCUAGCUCAGGUUCUGGCAAGGAAGUGCAAGAAAAAUUAUGUAUAGGACAGGUUUAUGGUGGAGCACAUGAUUCCAUUCAGAAUCUACCCAUGGAAUUCUACCACUAUUACCAUGGAAGCAAUAAUGACAUGGGCACACUUAUCGAGGUUAGAAGAACAUGGGAUGCAUAUGUACGGCCGGGAGGAAGCCGCAUACCAGGGCACUGGGUUCAGCCACCACCACCUGCAGAUGAAAUAUGGGCAUCUUACCUUGUGGAACCUAAAUGAAAAACAUGAAGUUGGUAUGGUUAGCUGCAUGACUUGCUGGCGGCAUUCUGUUCACUCCCCAUUAAUAAGAUGUGUGAUCAUUCCAUUUUUGACCUCUUUCACACCAUCUUCACGCCAGUCAUGUUGAUAUGAUAUUGUUAGGAGAUGACAAUUCUGGUAACACGUUUGAGUGUUUGAUCUUCCAUGAAGCUGGCACCGAGUAGCCCGUCACAAGCAAUAUGAUGAUAAAUGACUGAACUGAAAAGUGGGAUGGAACCGGGCACUGAAGUUGGACGGUGGCUGUGGGAAAUGCAGCGAGCGAGGAGCAUGGGAAUAUGUUUGUGCCAAAUAAAGCUGUUUGGAAGUCGAGUAUGAUGGGAAAAACAUCACCUGCCAUCAAUAUUCCCUUGGUUAUGCCAAGCAACAAAUACGAUUUUGUAAAAUGAAAAACGUAGACUCUUCUUUUAACUGGAUUAAAAUGGAUUCUAAAUCUCAAUCACCCGUUUGUUCAAAUUUCAGGUUUUAUGAUGAUUGCUAAAUUUGCUUGCGGUAA